GCGACUGCGCGCGCCUAAUUGCGGACGACCCCUCAAAAUAUUUGAUACCCGCACUGAGAAAUUCCCUCAAUGAAGCUGCACGUGCUGCUCGUGUCUGUCUGUGUAUUCCUCUCGCGCUCCGAGUCCGCUCCAUGGCACGAGUUCACGCAACUGCCGGUUGUGAUGCACGUAGGAGAGGAAUAUUUCUUCAGGUUGGACAGCGGCGUGCCCGACCUCAGAUCACCGCGGCGCACAGAGGCACUUAAGCUGCAGCUUACACAGGGGCUGUUAGGAGGUAUGGUCGGUAGAGUCGUUAACAGGAUUCCGAGCAGCCUAGGAGAGCGCGAUCGCCGGUCCGAGGAUCCGCCCAUCUCGUUGGAUCUGACUUUCCACCUGUUGCGCGAGGUGCUGCAGAUGGCACGAGCCGAACAACUUGCCCAGCGUGCUAGCAACAACCGCAAGAUGAUGGACUUUUUUGGGAAAUAACACACAUGAUAGGUAUUAU